AUGAGUGACAGCAUUGCCGACGAGGCGAUUGGGCAGGCCUGCACGCUCCUCACUGCCGCGCUCCACUGCCGCCGUCAGUCCGCGGAGCUCAAAAAGUGCCUCGCGGCCAGCGGCUCUGCAGGAUACGCUCACGCUCAGCAGGCUUUCGCCACCUGCUCGCAUGAGCACGCCUCCGAGGUAAUCUCGAGCCUGGUCUCUGUGGCCAGCGCGCACUGCAAGGCCGAGGUGGCGGCAUUCGCCGCUUGCAAGCGUGGUGGCAGCCGGGCGUGCGAGGAGGACGAUCUCGCAGCGUUGCGCUGUGCAAGCCUGCAGGUGUUGCGGAGCGCGACCAGUGCUCUCCGCCUGCGGGCGCUCUUGAGCCAGUCUGCUCUCGAGAGCGAGUCGUACCCCAGAUGA